AACUUGCAAAAAGUUCACGGACACCAGCCGUAAUCAUGGCCGACGUCCAAGCCCACAAACCCCAUCGGGCUUCCAAGAAGUCCAAGGAGAAGGGGGCCUCCAAGCACACAGGUGAAAAGAACCCCAAGGCCUUUGCCUUCUCCAACCCUGGUAAGCUUGCCAGACAAGCCGCCAGAUCUCACGAUAUCAAAGAGAAGCGUCUUCACGUCCCUGCCGUCGACCGUCUCCCCGAUGAACCACCCCCAAGACUCGUCGCCAUCGUAGGCCCCCCUGGUGUAGGAAAGACCACCCUUCUCAAGUCUUUCAUUCGACGAUAUGCAAAGGAAACCAUCCAAGAUCCGGUGGGACCUAUCACGGUCGUCACCUCCAAGAAGCAGAGAUUGACCUUCAUCGAAUGCGCCAACGAACUCGAGGCCAUGGUCGACAUUGCAAAGGUCGCCGACAUUGUCCUUCUCAUGAUCGAUGGAAACUUCGGCUUCGAGAUGGAGACUAUGGAGUUCCUUAACGUCCUCGCCGCCACGGGUAUGCCCGGCAACGUCUUUGGCAUCCUCACCCAUCUCGACCUGUUCAGGAAGCCCCAAGCACUAAAGGAGGCAAAGAAGAGGUUAAAGCACAGACUUUGGAGCGAACUCUACCAGGGUGCCCACCUUUUCUACCUUUCCGGUGUCCUGAACGGCCGUUACCCCGAUCGCGAAAUCCACAACCUCUCCCGCUUCUUGUCCGUCAUGAAGAACCCCCGCCCGCUCGUUUGGCGCAACUCCCACCCUUACACCAUCAUCGACAACUACCGUGAUGUCACCCACCCCACCCAGAUCGAAGAAGACGAGAAAUGCGACCGAACGAUUGAACUCUCCGGUUACCUGCGUGGUACGAACUUUUCCGCCGAGGGCCAAAGGGUACAUAUUGCUGGUUUGGGCGACUUUACAAUCAAAGAGAUGGAACAAUUGCCGGAUCCUUGCCCGACUCCCGCUAUGGAACAAGCGCUGGCCAAGGCCAGUGGCAAGACUGGCAGAAGGCGACUCGACGAGAAGGACAAAAAGCUCUGGGCGCCCAUGGCGGACCGCAGCGGCUUGAAGAUUACUGGCGAUCACAUCGUUAUCACUAGGGAGAACGGCUUCACAUUCGAUAAGGAUGCUGUGGGCGUUGAGCGCGGCGAAGGAGAACAGCUCAUCAUCGACCUGCAGAACGAGAGGCGUCUCCUUGGUCAAACGGACGAGGGUGUCAAGCUGUUCGCGAGCGGACAAAAGAUCAACCAGCUCCCUGUCGAGGACGAGGAUGUUGGAAACACUGGCCGCAAGAGCCGAAGGACCGCCAGACUUGCCGAUGGCGAGAGUGGUGAACCGCCUGAGGACGAAGGCUUCGAAAGCGGAGAGGAGGAUGAGAUGGAGGAUGGAUCCGAUGUCGAGUCCGAGUUCAACGAGAUGAAGCUGGGCAAGAUGUUCAGGAAACAGACCGACGACGACCAAGAAGAGGACAUCGCCUUUGCCGACAGUGACUCCGACCUUGGUUCGAUAUCCGGCGAUGAAGACCAAGGAUCCGACUUUGACGAUGACGAGGACGACGAGGAGGAUCCUGAGCUCAAGUGGAAGGACAACAUGAUGGAGCGCGCAAGUCAGAUACACGGAAGGAGGAAACCCUUCCGCGCUGUCGACUUGGCGAGGUACAUGUACGACGAGUCGAUGGCCCCUAUAGAAGCCAUCAAGAAAUGGGCCGGUCAAGACGACGAGGAGGAGAUCGAAGAGAAUAUCGAAGAGGACGACGAAACCUUCUUCCGGAGGACUGGCAAGGAGGACAAAGAGGACUCUUGGGAGGAUCGCAUGAUUCCCAAGUUCGACUACGAACAACUCGAAGCCAAGUGGUCUGACAAGGACGCUGUCGAGGCUCUCCGAAACAAGUUCGCCACCGCCAACCUACUUGACGACGCUGAGGGUGAGGGCGAAGAUGGUUCGGAUUUCGAGGGUCUUGAUGACGAGGACGACGACGACGAAGGUGACGGUGCUUUUGAGGAUCUCGAGACAGGGGAGAAGCACGGCGCUGACGACGAGGAUGAAGAAGAAGAAGAGGAGGAAGGAGAGGAGCAGCCAGCAGAAAGCCUUGAAGCCGAGCGUGAGAAGAACGCCCGCCGAAAGGAGGAGCUCAAGCUUCGCUUCGAAGAGGAAGAUCGUGAAGGUUUCAAGAACGACAAGGCGAUUGCCAGGCGAGAAGGUGGCAAUGAUGACGAGUUUGGAGAGGACGACUGGUAUGACGCUCAAAAGGCCAUGAUCCAGAAGCAGCUCGACAUCAACAAGGCGGAAUACGAGAACCUUGAUGAAAGCCAAAGGAUCGCUGUCGAAGGCUACAAGGCCGGCAAGUACGCCAGGAUGGUCAUCGAGGGUGUCCCAGCAGAGUUCGUCAAGAACUUUAAGCCACGGAUGCCGAUCGUUGUCGGAGGUCUUUCGGCCACGGAGGACAGAUUCGGCUUUGUGCAAGUUAGAAUCAAGAAGCACCGUUGGCACAAGAAGAUUCUCAAGACGGGAGAUCCCCUCAUCUUCUCCCUCGGCUGGCGCCGAUUCCAGUCUCUUCCCAUCUACUCCAUCUCUGAUUCUCGGACGAGAAACAGGAUGCUGAAGUAUACUCCGGAGCACAUGCACUGCUUCGGUACCUUCUACGGCCCCCUGUGUGCCCCCAAUACGGGUUUCACAUGUUUCCAGUCCUUCUCUUCCGCCAACCCCGGGUUCCGUAUUGCGGCUACCGGUACAGUAUUGAGCGUAGACGAGUCUACCGAGAUCGUCAAGAAGCUCAAGCUGACCGGUACACCAUACAAGAUCUUCAAGAACACGGCCUUCAUCAAGGACAUGUUCAAUUCGGCGCUGGAAAUCGCCAAGUUCGAGGGUGCCUCCAUCAAGACCGUCUCGGGUAUCCGCGGUCAGAUCAAGCGCGCACUCGCCAAGCCCGACGGCCACUUCCGUGCCACCUUUGAGGACAAGAUCCUGCUCAGCGACAUUGUCUUCUUGCGCGCGUGGUACCCCAUCAAGCCGCACCGUUUUUACAACCCGGCCACCAACCUGGUCGGCUGGCAGAGCAUGCGUCUCACGGGCGAGGUCCGCCGCGACCAGAACAUCGCCACGCCGCUCGACAAGAACUCGCAGUACCGCAAGAUCGAGCGCGAGACCCGUCGGUUCAACCCUCUCCGUGUGCCGCGUGCCCUCGCGGCCGAGCUGCCCUUCAAGUCGCAGAUCAUCCAGACCAAGAAGCAGAAGAAGGAGACGUACAUGCAGAAGCGUGCGGUCGUCGUCCGCGGCGAGGAGAAGAAGGCGCGCGAUCUCAUGCAAAAACUCACGACGAUCCGCAAGGAGGUGGUGGAGAAGCGCAAGGCCAAGAAGGCGGAGCAGCACGAGAAGUACAAGAAGAGCCUGGAAGAGGCCGAGGAGCGGAUCAAGAGCAAGGAGAAGAAGGAGAAGAAGGCGUAUUGGGAAAGGGAGGGUAAGAAGCGUGGUCCUAGCGGCGACCAGGGUGGUGGUGGUAAGAGGAGGAGGUAAAUGAUGUUGUUGUCGUCAAGGGGAAAAUAAUUGCUUGUUUGUUUCAGUCAUCAUUGUCAUCAUCAUCACCUGGGUUCACUUUUGGGAGUACUACUACUACUGUAUAUAGAGAGGCAUCCACAUCCAUCGAUCCAUACCCGGGAAAGAAAUUGUUUCUUUUUUGCUAGCA